CCAAAAUGUCCAGACAGACUAGGCAGCGGACUGACAAUGUUUGACAAUAGGGAAGUUAAUAAAAAAUAUCUGGCAACCCGAGUUACAGUCACUUCAACAGGAAGUUUAUUCACACGAGACUAAACUGCCACCGAUGGACGAUACGAAUGCAAGAUGGAUGCUGCAAACCGCUCUGACUUCUACAUUGGUUUGGCACUUGCUGUAAGUUCCACUAUCUUCAUCGGUGGCAGCUUUAUAUUGAAAAAGAAAGGCCUCUUACGACUGGCAAAAAAUGGCUCUACUAGAGCAGGUCAAGGUGGAUAUGCAUACCUGAAAGAAUGGUUGUGGUGGGCAGGGCUUAUAUCAAUGGGAAUAGGUGAGGCAGCAAAUUUUGCAGCUUACGCAUUUGCACCUGCCACGUUAGUAACACCCCUGGGAGCACUGAGCGUUUUGGUCAGUGCUGUGCUCUCAUCAUACUUCCUGAGUGAGCGGCUGAAUAUCCAUGGGAAAAUUGGCUGUGUGCUGUGCAUCUUCGGUUCCACAGUUAUGGUUCUCCAUGCUCCGCAAGAAGAAGAGGUUGCUUCUUUGACAGCGAUGGCAGAGAAACUCAAAGAUCCAGGAUUCAUCGCUUUUGCUGUCUGCAUUGUCGUGAUUAGCCUGGCCCUGAUCAUCUUUGUCGCACCGCGCUAUGGUCAGAAAAAUGUGCUGGUGUACAUCCUCAUCUGCUCUGUUAUUGGUUCAUUAUCUGUAUCCUGUGUGAAAGGCCUUGGCAUUGGGAUCAAAGAGCUGUUCGCUGGAACAGCUGUGCUGAAAGAGCCACUGUUCUGGGCUCUGCUCAUAUGUCUUGUGAUCUGCAUAAGUAUCCAGAUAAGCUACCUUAAUAAAGCCCUCGACAUUUUCAACACCUCUAUAGUUACACCUAUUUAUUACGUCUUCUUCACUAUAUCCGUCAUGGCUUGUUCGGCUAUUUUGUUUAAGGAGUGGCUUCGAAUGUCCACCGAUGGGGCUGCUGGGACUGUUAGUGGCUUUCUUACCAUCAUCAUUGGCAUUUUUCUUCUCCAUGCGUUCAAGGACAUUAACUUUAGCUUGGAUUCUCUACCUUUAUAUCUGCACCACGGACUUCAAGGCAGCACGUGGAGCCAACGCUAUGUGGCUUUACCAACCGACGAGAGAAUUACUGUGGAUAAAAGCAAUCUGAGUAAAGAAAGAAGCGCAAAGGGCUUUUUUCCUGAGAGUUUAGACAAGAGGAGCAAUGGUACAUUUAUUACCUAGAAUAAUAUUAGCAAAAAUUGUCAUUCCUCAUGUGAGUGACUACUAAAAUACAGAUUUACUACAUGAUACUGUACAAACAUACAUUGCAGACCAUUAAUACUGUGAGAGUACUUUAAUUAGCAUUUUUUUGUUUUAGUAUACAAGGUACUUGUUUUACAUAUCUUCCAUCUACAAUAUUUGGUUUUCUUCUUGCCUUUUUUUUUUUUUACAAUUUCAUACUGUUGAUAUUUUCAGAGUAACGAUGAUGUUCCCAAUCACUUGUUUUAAAAACAAAAAUCCUGACGUAGCAGCAUAAUGUUUAAAUAUUCGCUGUACAGUCUUAUUAAAUGUUACACUAUUUAUUUUAUGUCCAAACCAGCCUUGUUUAGAAUAUAUAUACGAUUUGCCAAUAAAUAUAUUUUGGAAAAAAGGA